CGGUUGCGCCCCUUACAGCUACGCCUCGUUGAUUCACUCUCAUUGGCCUCCGGUAGAGCUGUCACAGCACUGAGUCCGAGGCGUCAUCCUAUCCGGGCAUGCGCACUGCUGCAUCAGCUACAGGUCGCUAGUGGUAAUCUGGGGUUGCCGAGGACUCCUUUGGGCGCACGUCGCAGCCAAACUCGCUGGCUUCCUUGUUAUGCCUCUCCUUGCCUCUCAUUGGUAGAUGGUGAGAGAAGGUCGCUUUCUAUUGGCUGUGCACGCUUGUCCGUCUCAUAGUCGGGUUAGGCUGCUCCAGGCGGAGGAGGCAGGUGCAGUGUUCUGGAAGAUUGAUGUCUGGCAGAAAUCACACAUAGGACUCUAACCUUCCCCCAUUGGUACUCAUGCACUUUGAUUCUAGGAACAGAUGACAUAAGCAUUUCUAAUCUGGCUUUCUGACCAAUAAAAUGUAUGUAUCCACCAGCCAUAUAGAGCAUGCUAAAACUUGUGCUUUUUCACAUAGUUAGAAACCCUUGGGUAUCCCUUUACCACUCAUGCAUCCUUUCCCUGCUUCUAAACCCUAUGUCCUGAAGCUGGAGGCCUUAGAACUGACCCCAUCUUUUCACAAGAUCUGUCCUAUUUUUACGUGAUGGUUCCAGAGCGUGAUGUUAGGCCCACUAGUUUGUGAUGUCAUCCCUGACCCCACCCUGCGAGGGCGACAGCUCGACACCCAGAUUUUUUGUCGGUGCCCGAGAUGAUGAGACAGACUUCCUGGAAUCAAACAUGAAUCCAGACGAGAUCGAUUUCUAUGAAGAAGAGGAAGAUGAAGAUGAGGAAGAGACGCCUCCGGAGCGCCAGAUUGUGGUGGGAAUUUGUGCCAUGACGAAAAAGUCCAAGUCAAAGCCCAUGACACAGAUUUUGGAGCGUCUGUGCAAAUUUGACUACAUCACUGUGGUUAUCAUGUCUGAAGACAUUAUCCUGAAUGAACCUGUGGAGAAAUGGCCCAUCUGUGACUGCCUCAUCUCUUUUCACUCCAAAGGAUUUCCACUAGAUAAAGCUGUUGCUUAUUCUAAACUUCGCAAUCCAGUCUUGAUCAACGACUUAGAUAUGCAGUAUUUCAUCCAGGACAGGAGGGAAGUAUAUCGCAUUUUGCAGCAGGAGGGAAUAGAUCUUCCACGUUAUGCAGUACUUAACAGGGAUCCUGACAAACCAGAUGAGUGUAACCUAGUAGAAGGUGAAGACCAGGUAGAAGUGAAUGGAGAGAUCUUUCCUAAGCCCUUUGUAGAGAAGCCAGUUAGUGCUGAAGAUCACAAUGUAUAUAUCUAUUACCCAACAUCAGCUGGAGGUGGCAGCCAGAGGCUCUUCAGGAAGAUUGGCAGCCGCAGCAGUGUUUACUCUCCAGAAAGCAGUGUUAGAAAGACUGGAUCUUAUAUUUAUGAAGAAUUCAUGCCAACUGAUGGAACUGAUGUUAAGGUAUAUACAGUUGGUCCAGAUUAUGCUCAUGCAGAGGCCCGCAAAUCUCCAGCUUUGGAUGGGAAAGUGGAGCGUGAUAGUGAGGGGAAGGAGAUCCGAUAUCCAGUUAUGUUGACUGCCAUGGAAAAGCUGGUUGCCCGUAAAGUCUGCUUGGCCUUUAAGCAAACUGUCUGCGGCUUUGACUUACUGAGAGCCAAUGGGCACUCUUUUGUUUGUGAUGUCAAUGGUUUCAGUUUUGUGAAGAACUCUAUGAAAUACUAUGAUGACUGUGCCAAAAUACUGGGGAAUAUAAUAAUGAGGGAACUUGCCCCACAGUUCCACAUUCCCUGGUCCAUUCCAACAGAGGCAGAGGAUAUACCUAUUGUACCCACAACAUCUGGCACAAUGAUGGAAUUGCGAUGUGUAAUUGCAAUAAUUCGGCAUGGGGAUCGGACACCAAAGCAAAAGAUGAAAAUGGAGGUUCGGCAUGCUAGGUUCUUUGAGUUAUUUGAACAUUAUGAUGGUUACAAAACAGGAAAGCUCAAACUAAAGAAACCCGAGCAACUACAGGAAGUGCUUGAUAUAGCAAGACUGCUGCUAGCAGAACUUGGAACCCAUAAUGAUUGUGAGAUCGAGGAGAGGAAAUCUAAACUGGAGCAGCUAAAAACUGUCCUGGAAAUGUAUGGACAUUUUUCUGGCAUUAACAGAAAGGUACAGCUGACUUAUUUACCUCAUGGACAUCCAAAGACAUGCAGUGAGGAUGAAGAAGCCCGCAAGGAUUCCCCUUCCCUGUUGCUAGUUUUAAAAUGGGGUGGUGAACUUACUCCAGCUGGCCGAGUCCAAGCAGAAGAGCUUGGGCGGGCAUUUAGGUGUAUGUAUCCUGGAGGACAAGGAGAUUAUGCAGGAUUUCCAGGCUGCGGGUUGCUACGGUUACACAGUACCUACCGCCAUGACCUCAAGAUAUAUGCAUCUGAUGAAGGACGGGUACAAAUGACUGCUGCUGCUUUUGCCAAGGGUCUUCUGGCGUUAGAAGGUGAGCUUACACCCAUUUUGGUUCAAAUGGUGAAAAGCGCAAACAUGAACGGACUCCUAGACAGUGACAGUGAUUCCUUAAGCAGCUGCCAACAAAAAGUGAAGGCGCGUCUCCAUGAGAUCAUGCAGAGGGAUGCAGAUUUCACUGAGGAGGACCAUGAGAAGCUAGCCCCUACAAAUAGCAGUUCUCUGCUUAAUUCUAUGGAGUCCAUAAAGAAUCCCGUGAAGACAUGUGAUGAGGUAUUUGCACUCAUUGAGAGUCUGACAUCUCAGAUCCAUCAACGUUUGGAAGAUCCUAAAUCAGCAGAUCUACAGUUAUAUCAUAGUGAGACUUUGGAGUUGAUGUUACAACGAUGGACCAAGCUGGAGAGAGAUUUUCGCAUGAAAAAUGGGCGUUAUGAUAUCAGCAAGAUUCCUGAUAUAUAUGAUUGUGUCAAGUAUGAUGUUCAACACAACAGCUCACUCAACCUGGAAGGGACUGAUGAACUCUUUAAACUCUCCAAAUGGUUGGCAGAUAUCAUAAUCCCACAGGAAUAUGGGAUCAACAAAGAGGAAAAACUGGAGAUCGCAUUUGGAUAUUGUCUUCCGCUUAUUAACAAAAUCUUGCUGGACUUGCAGAGAACUCAUGAGGAUGAGUCUGUAAAUAAACUUCACCCACUCUAUUCAAGAGGAGUCCUUUCUCCAGGGCGUCAUGUGAGAACGCGGCUUUACUUCACCAGUGAAAGCCAUGUGCACUCUUUGCUAAGCAUUUUUCGUUAUGGAGGGCUCUUGGAUGAGUCGAAAGAUCAGCAGUGGAAAAGAGCAAUGGACUAUAUAAGUGCUGUCUCAGAGCUAAACUACAUGACACAAAUUGUCAUUAUGUUGUAUGAAGACAACAACAAGGAUCCCUCUUCAGAAGAACGAUUUCACGUUGAGCUUCAUUUCAGUCCAGGAGUGAAGGGCUGUGAGGAAGAUGAAAAUGCUCCCCUGGGAUUUGGAUUUCGGCCAGCAUCAUCAGAAAAUGAAGACAGAAAGACAGAUCAAGGGAGUAUAGAAGAUUUGUCCAAGGCUAAAAGUACAGAUGAGGUGGACAGGUCCAUACUGAUGACAGAGCCAAUCAGCAUUCACAGGAAAUCGCCCCUUAUCAGAAAUAGAAAAACUGGGUCAAUGGAGGUGAUGAAUACCAAAAACACAGGGAAUUUGGAGUUCAUGUACCAAAAAGGGCGUCGGAGGAGAAGAUCGGGAGAGUCCUAUCAUUCCCCAUGUUCCAUCACUCUACAGUCCAGAGCCAUGUCCAUCACUAACCUGACAUCAUGGCGACAGGUGCUGUCAGAGACCUCCUCUAAAUCUGGUGGGUACCGUCUCUUCACUUCAUAUGCCAGGCAGCCGUCAGACAUGAAGCAGAGUGGUUUAGGAUCACAGUGCACUGGUCUGUUCAGCACCACAGUGCUGGGAGGCUCCUCCAGCGCUCCAAAUCUGCAGGACUACGCACGCAGCUACCGCAAAAAAAUCAGCGCCGCUGCCAGCCUGACAUACAAAGACGAACUGUUGUCUAUGCCAGCUGUUAAACGAUUUUCUGUGUCGUUUGCAAAGCAUCCGACUAAUGAAUGCCUGGAAGACCACGAGGUCGCCCAGCUGCUGCGUCGCUUUUCCUCUGACUACCCUCAGUCUCGGAACAUCUGUCUGGAUGGGGCCAUGGCCCACCACCUGCACCAAUGCUACUACCAUCUUCGUCUCUUCAAGAACUGGCUGAUAUCGGGCCAGGACGAUUUGGAGUGCCUCUACGGAUUUGAAGGAUGUUCCAUGGUUCCUACCAUCUACCCACUGGAGACUCUUCACAACGCAUUGUCUCUUAAACAAGUCAGCGAGUUCUUAACAGGCAUAUGUAAAAAGUUUGCUGAGACUCAUUCAAGAGGAUCAACAGCGGGAUGUGACUCCAUGAACCGCCAUCCAGCAGGAGAUGUUUAUCUGCCUCACAGAAUUCUCUCUUCUUCAUCACUUCCUUUACGGCACCGCUCAGAGCGGCCUCCUUGGUAUAGCAGCGGUCCAUCCAGCACUGUGUCAAGUGCCGGACCUUCAUCUCCAACCACUAUAGACCUUUCAGCACGUUUCACCUUUAAUGAAAAGAUGCUGACUGAAGAACAGGAAAAAAAAUUGAAUUUUGAUAUGUUUCAGCCCCAGCAGACACAGAAUGAUGACACAGCCAGCAGUCAGGAGAUAUGUAAUACCUCACCUCCAGCGGAAGAUCCCCCAAAUAAUGACUCAUUGGGUCUGUCACCACUGCCUCCAUGUUUUCUGCCAGCAGCAUCACAGCCAUGCGUGGAAGAUGAGGCUCAUUUGGAAACAGAACCACCAGGCGAAGACUUGCUUCCAAGUGAAGAUCUUACAAAGAAGACAACAUCUACCACAUGUAACACGGACUCUGAUGAUCAGAUGCUUCAGCAGUCAGCGCUAAAUGAGCAACUAUUAACAGAACUUUCUAUAUAUGGGCAGGAAACCUCACUUUAGAAAAGAUUAAAGAAGCACUCCAGGUUUUUUUUUUUGUUUUUUUUUUUUGCUCAUGUAAUGUAGCACAGACUAUUAUUGGAGAAUUAUGUAGUCAUUCUUGUGCAUGCCUUGUCUAUACCUAUUUCAGUUAAUGUAGCAUGCAUGGGUUGUCUGCCAUCUUAAUUCCUAUUUUGCUAUUGAUAUAGUUUUCUAAAGUAGCAUACAUUUUUUAUGAUGCCUCUGACUUUGCAUAGGAAGAGGGAGUGGAGUCUCAUUACUAUACGUGGUCUGCUUUGAGAUACCGGUAUAUCUAAGUGCAGUAAAUGAUAGAUCAGUGACAUUGAUCUUCUUUACACAUUUUCACUCUAUAUAUUGUCAUUUGUGAUACAGCUGCAGUCUGUCUCCUUAUAAGGGGUUUCAGCUCUACACAGGAGAGCAGUGUUAGGCUACAUCACACAGGACACACUGGAGAAUCUGCACACAGAAUAGGCAAGCAGUGCAUUUAGGGGAGUUGUAUAACUCUGCAGCUAAUUACUUUAUUGACUUCAUGUCUCUUAGGGCAGAUAUAGGAUCUUCAGCAGCAGUCUACUUAUAAAAGGGUCAUAGAGAUGAACAAGAAAGGUGGGGUUGUGUCUGAACUGCCUCGAGGGAUCAGAUGAGUGGUGAUAUAAUCAUGUAGUUCACAGGAAGCCGGUUCACAGAGACUGACAUCCUUUCUACACAUGGAUGCAUGCAGUGGUUGUCAGACUGGCAGUUACAUGACACAGCUCCAGUAAUAAAUGCAUGAAUGCAGCUGAGCUGGAAUGAAACAGAUUACACUACAGGAAUACUGGUGGUGAGAAUAAUUAUAUGGGCAAAAAACAGAGUGCUUUAAUUGGAUUUAUUAGUUCCAAUAUGGAGGAAACAGUAGAGACAAUUUCCAAUCCAUGAAAAAAUAACUGACUUAAAAAAAUAUAUAUAUCAUAAUAAUAAUUGUUUUUCAUUGGAUCAGCAUUUUGAACAGAUCUUACUGUUCUUGAUGUUCUUGAGUGCCAGUAUCCCUUGUAGAUCAGCAUUAGCUGUUUUACUAUAGAGAAAUGAUUGAUAUAUUUAUAAGCUGCUAGAGAAUUAUUUUUUUACUGUGAGUAAAAUUCUGAUGGCUUUUAGCUUUGAGAUACUGGGAAAAAAUGAGCCUUCAACCACUGAUUUACCAGUGCUGGUUUGUUCAGACUUCAACUGAACAUGUUAAAUUCCAUACAUAUGGACUGCUAGCGACAUCUUCAUUUGGAUGGAAUCUGCUCUAUAUUGCAAAUGUUUGCAAUUUAAUGUAGCUGAAACUUCUUUAACCAUAGUUACUUUCAGUGAACAGUCUGGACCUUUGCUCAGCUUUAACAUUUGUAAAAACUUUAUGACAGCAGUUUAACUCGCCUAUAAAAAUCACAUGAUUGUGAAACAAUACUUUGCCAUACUGAGGAGCCACUCAUCUACAAUUUGGGCAUCACCUUCAGGAUGCUCAUACUUCCAAGCGGGUACAUGAGAAGAUGUUUUGUGAAGAAGACUUCUUAAAUACCUUUGUAGUGAAUGAUUAUAAUCCAUUUAUUUAUUGACAUUUAUUUUUAUAUGCAUCUAUUUUCAUUAGUGUUCUCCACAUAUUGACUUAUAUGUCCAAGCAAUACUGGUUACGAUAUUACGUCCAUAUCUCACCAGCAUUGAAGAAUAACUUAAAACUAAGAGUAAUACAUGAUGAUUGACGUGGAUAUGGAUAACUGUUUUAAAACUACUGAAUUUUGAGAACAUUUUCAGAAACUUCAUUCUUUAAAGGAUUGUGGUAAUGUUAAAUACAACACCGAGUCUCUACUUGGGAACACUCAACAGAACGAUACGACACUUUCAUGUUGCAAUUCAUUUGGGGUCUAUACCUUAAAGGAUUAAUUGCUUUGAUUUGAAAAAGUGUCUGAACUGAGCUUUUACGUCAUAUACCAUUUGCAGUCUACGCUCUUGUUGUAUGACCGAUUGUGCCAGAGAGGUGUUAACUCAAAACUAUUUUUGAAUGUAUGUGUUAGGACCUAUAUCCAAUGGCUGAAUUUAUUCUACCUAUUUUGGUAGAUUGUGUGUAGAAUAUACUGCCAAGUGUCCAGAUUUUGAGCACUAUGAGAUUUAUACUAAAAGCAGCUAGAACAGAUAUGGCUUUAUAUUUUGUAUAUUGAUUUGACUUUACAGGGUGCAUUUUAGUCCUGAAAAAUACUUGAAAAUCACUACUGAGCUAGAACGGUUUCUUUUGUAUGAUUCACAGUCCACUUAUCAAACAAAAGUUUAGGUGCCAAAAGAGAAUAAUACAAAUCAUUUUCUAUUUUCUCAAGUAUUGCUAGUAAAAAUAAUUAUUUAAACUUAAGGAAAAGUGGAGUGUAAUCUGGAACCGUAAUUAAUAGAAUAAAAGUCUGUAGCUCUAUACAAGAUAAUGGACUGAUUUACUAGAAUGCAUCCUGUGCUGUUAUACUUGACCACAGAUUAUGGCUACCGGUUUUGAUGUACUGAAAUUAGGUUGUAUACAGGUACAUUUUUCUAACGUAUUUUAAAGUUUCUUGAAUUUUCUAGUUACAUUGUUAAAUAUAUAUAUAUAUAUAUAUAUAUAUAUUACUGGUAAUUUAUUGUAAAAAAUAAAAAAUAAAAAAAAUAUAAAAUACAUAAAUAACAAAUAAUUAACAAAGGCAAGUAAUAAUAUAAACUGUUAAUAAAACCGGAAGCCCUAAUUGGAGUUGGAAAAAGGUUUAUUGUAUCAGAAGUGAAGAGAAAAAUGCUAUUUUUAGAAUAAUCUGUUACAAUUUAAAUGAAUAAAUCUAUAUUAUAUAUAUAUACAUAUAAACAUUUAUGUACAAACAGUUGUCCAAUGUAUUUCUCCAUACUGUUUGAACGGUGUUACCACUGUGCUGAAUACAGGAAGUUGGUGUCUGCUUUAAUCCUCUAUGUUUGUGAUCAGUGGGUGUUAUAUAUACAGAUGCUGUACGCUUGGGCUUUGUACACAUUGUAGAUUUAUUUGUGGAUGUGUUUGGUGUUAAUUGUCACUUUAUGUUGUGAUCAUCUUUAUGAUUGUUGUUUUGUUGCAGUCUGUAAGUUAUGCGCUACAUGGGUUUUCUGUGCUCAUUUCUCUCCUACUGUGACCGUACACAUAGGCCUCCUUAUUUAUUUGAAAGGAUGAAUACAAUUUAAGAAACAAGGGAAUACAUCUUGCACCUCCAUUUUGUCCCGUUUCCCCUGUAACAUCAAUUGUUUGUUAACAAAUACUUUUUAUGUACAAAAACAUUAAUUCAAAGAUAUAAGGGAAAUUCUUAUCCUAUCUGAUAUGGAACAAUCCAUCCAGUGCUUUAGGACUUAGUCAAUGCCUUGUAGGGUGACAAAGUUCCUUGCCACUAUUUGAAGGGGUACUCUGGUGGAAAAUAUUUUUUUUACAAUCAACUGAUGCCAGAAAGUAAAACAUAUUUGUGUAUUAAUUCUAUUUAAAAGUCAUAAUCCUUCACCUCCUGUAUGCGCCACAGGAAGUUCUUUUCUUUUUAAAUUUAUUUUCUGUCUGACCACAGUGCUCUCUGCUGACACCUCUGUCCAUGUCAGGAACUGUUCAGCGCAGAAUAGGUUUGUUAUGGGGAUUUGCUCCUGCUCUGGACCGUUCUUGGCAUGGACAGAGGUGUCAGCAGAGAGCACUGUGGUCAGACAGAAUAGAACAACUCAACUUCCUCUGGAGCAUACAGCAGCUGAUAAGUACUGAAAGGAUUAAGAUUUUUAAAUAGAAGUAAUUUCAAAUAUGUUUAACUUUCUGUUACCAGUUUACUUAAAAAAAAAAUCUCUGGAGUACCUCUUUAAGUUUAGGCUACAUAUAUAUAUAUAUAUAUAUAUAUAUAUAUAUAUAUAUAUAUAUAUAAACUCUAGUAAUAAGAUAAUGUCCAGCACUGUAUAAAAGAAAGUAUACUUGUGCCAGAAUAUCAGCCUAAUAUCAUUGAUUGUAAUUUUUUGACACAAUGUUAAUCAGAAAAUAAAAUGAAAGCGAUUCUUUUAGCCAUGUCCUUCUAUAGAAGAAAAAACACAAACCAUGGGCUUAAUGUUUUAUUGUAUCUUAACAUAAAUAUGGUUUAGUCAUAUACUUACUGUCAAUUUAAAAAGAAUGAGGAGCCACAUUUUAUCUUUCUUAAAUGUCUUUUUCAAAAAUGUCUUUCUCUAUCAGCAAGUUGUCCAGAAUUGUGCAAAUAAAGCUUCAUUGUAUAUCACAAUUAUGCUACUUACAAAUGUUUUAUUCCCCGACAGCAAGCAGAAAUCCUGAAGAUAUUGUGGAAUUAAAAGAUCUAUGGGUUACAUUUAGAGGCCAAAUACCCAUCAUGAAGUACUAUUGUUCACACUUGUUGAAGCUAUUGAAAUGUUUCAGGGUUGAUUAGAGCGAUCGACUUGGAGACAGCAGCAAUAGUUAUGUGUUUUAAAGGCUAUGGACAUAUUUGGAACCAUUUUUAUUGCAAUGCAUGUGCAUUAUCAAAUAAAGAAUUGGAAGUUUGUUGCUACCCUUUGACUUCUGCAGUAUAGAUGUACCUAUAAACAUCAAUGCAAGCUGCUGGAUGCAAUUCUGUGCACAUUCCAUCAAACUUCUCUCCGAUGAUUCAGUCCCUUUUCUAACCUGUCCUGAAUACAAAUGUAAGCUCAAAUCCCAUUUGAUGUACAGUAGAUUUAUUUGUAUCUUAUUUUAUCUUUUAUAUUAGAUUAGGCAUCAGGAGAGGUCAGAGAGGGCUACAAACUGAGCUGUCUGACACAAUGAGGACAGAGCACCAUCUUGCAUUGUAAUGUAUAUACAUUCAACCUGCAUAAGCCAAAUUGUUAAUGAAGACUGUUCUGCUGCAGAUUUGCAUGCAGAAAAUAAGGGUGGGGUCACGUGGCAAAACCUACCAGCAGCAUGGCAAGGCCAGCCCUAAAGCUCCCAUUGACUUCAUUAUUAGCUUCACAGUUUAAAGGACUACUCCGCCCCUAGACAUCUUAUUCCCUAUCGAAAGGACAGGGGAUAAGAUGUCUGAUCGCAGGAGUCCCCUGCGAUCUCCCUGCUGCACCCGACGUUCGUUUAGAGCGUCUGGUGCAGCGCCAGAGGCUUGUGACGUCACGGCCAGGCCCCCUCAAUGCAAGUCUAUGGGAGGGAGCAUGACAGCCGUCACGCCCCCUCCCAUAGACUUGCAUUGAGGAGGCAUGGACGUGACAUCGCAAGCCUCCGCCCCGCAUCGCCGUUCAUCCGGCAAGAAGAGAAGUUUACUCUGUGCACUGGAUGUCUGGGGUGCUGCAGCCGAGAUUGCGGGGGGUCCCCAGCAGUGGGACCCCCCCGUGAUCAGACAUCUUAUCCUCUAUUCUUUGGAUAGGGGGUAAGAUGUCUAGGGGUGGAGUACCCCUUUAACAGCGUGGACAAGUGAUACGUCCAUCUAGGGGUGAAGUACCCCUUUAAAUGCGUGGACAAGUGAUAUGUCCAUCAGGGGGCGGAGUACCCCUUUACCUGUGUGGACAAAUGAUAUGUCAAUGAAGUCAGUGGGAGCAGGGUUUUAGAAGUGGAAACGGCACAGUUUCUGCAUGAAGAACCACAUCAAUUUUGUUUAUUUGAACAUACCCUUACAAUUACGCUUUGUCAACAUAAAGCUAUAGAACUUUUUUGAGAUCUACAGAAUUAUAAAACAUGGCAGUUUUCUGCCAAAAAUAGCGCUGCACCUGUCCUUUGUGUCUGGUUUUGAAUGUGGCUCUGCUGCAAUACCAAAACACAACUUUUGGAUGUGUGAUCUUUGUUCUUUUGGAAGAAGGCAGCCGUGUUUUGUUUUAGUCCAUAAUUCUGUGAUGAUUUUCAUAAAGUCAUGGUACUUUGUGUCUUGAAUCUUGAUAUUACUCCAUCUUUGUUUCUUCUUAAGCUGGACCUUUACGGAUAAAGUUGUUUAAAGGGGUUGUCCAGCUUAUUUUAAAAUUUUACAACUGGGAUUGUAUAAUAAAAUAACCUAUAUGCACCAAUUUAAUCUUCACCGUAUCUAGCGCCACCUCUGAUCCUUCUAGCCAUCUUUGUUUACACAUUUGUAGCAAUGACGUGCUCGUAUCCUCACAUCAACAAUGCAGCAAAUCACUGGCCUCAAUGUUAUACAGCAUAAGACCACUGAAACCAGUGUUUGGAUGCAGUGCUGACAUGGGUAUGUGGGUGCCUUAUCACUGCAGCGAAGGACCAGAAAGAUAGUGCUGGAUGUUGUGGCAGGGAUUAAACAGGUGAAUAUAGCUGUAAUUUAGACUCUCUUUUGCCACAUGUUUCUAUAAUUGUAGGACUUUUUCAUAUAUUGUAUACUAGGUCUGGGGCAGACAAUAGAGAGAUUGCCUGUUCCACAUUAAAGCCAUUUAUUUUAAGAAAUUCCUGUGUGAAAGCUUACUGAACUGAUGUAUACCUUUAAAAGACUUAGAGAUUUCUGUUUCUGAACUCCUUGAAUGGUUAUAACCACUUGUCUGUUCAUUGUAUCUCAUUGUUCUUUGUUGCAUAUGGUACAGUAUUCUGCUAAAAAUAAACAUACUGCACUAAUGUCCUAUUGUAACCGUAAAAAAUGGCUUCUUGUUCGAAUUGCAGCACUCCUGUGUUGAAGCAAUAAAGUUGUGUUAAAAACUUGUCGUACUUUCUGGCUUGUCUUUGCAAUGGACACAUAUCUUUGCCUCUAUGCUUUGCCUCAUUUUUAAGAGUUCUGCCAACUUGGCAAAUCCAGAUAAUAUUUUGGUAGAAAUGUUUCCAGGACUAAUGUACCUAAAUGUUCACAGCACAUUUCUUCUGUUACAUUGCUUCUCUGAUGGUAGGCUGGCGGCUACAUUUUAGAAUAGUCUGUAGUCAGCCAAUGGAUUUUUAGCUAUACACCUUUUGGUAUGUAUAGAGCCUGGCUGAAGAGGUGAGGAUACAGUA